GCGAUGCUGUCAAAAUGACGCGCUUACUCCACUUUAUUUCAAUCUUCGUCGUUUUGAUGGCACUAGUUCUUGCGGAUUUAGUCGAGCACAUUGAUGGGCCCGGGACAAAUGCAAACGUCACGAGGGCAGUGACAAAAGUACUUAGUCGACAGAAACGUUAUCUGGCAUUUCCGGAUGGUUCUUCGGUUUCGGCGGCGAUCUGUUUGACCAUUGGCAUGAUUGGCAAUCCCGAUGUGGACUAUCUCAGUUGGGCCGUCAACUGGGGUGUCGCCUACAAUCUGCCCAACCAUAAUUGGGUGAUUCAACAUGCUCAUGGCUUUGCAGCCAAUCUCACAAAGCCCAUUAUGCAGCGCCGUUCGCGUCGCAGUUUCUACGACGAGGUGCAGUCCGCAUUUGACCACAUGGGCUUUAAUGGACGCGCCUGUGUUGCCCGUGCACUCUGCGAGAGCGCUAAGUAUCUGCAUGCUCCAGGACAACGUGGCAACAUGCUGGAGGAAAUGGUUCGCACAGUGUUCAGUCUGCCCACGUCAUCCGUUGCUGGACACGAGCCACAGGCACAUCACCACUACGACCGAAUCUAUCGACGCUCCAAGCGCCAGUUACGUGACUGCCACGAGCUCUAUCCGGGCUGUCACUUCUCUUUGCUGGCACUGGCUCUGGGCAAGUACUCGGCGGCUCCUGCACAGUUCAGUAAAUACAAUUUCAUGUAAUGAAUAAACUGCUAUGAGAACUCUAUAAA